GAGUUUUGUGUAAACGUGAUGUUGCUUCUCAAUUUGUUGUGCGUUGUUUCAAGAAAUUUUAUUCAAAAUUAUUUUCAAUAUUAUUAAAUUCAAAGUAUAAAAUAUUUCAAGUUGAAAUGGUAGACGCCGAACAAUAUAUUAAAGACAUACAAAGGGAAUUUGUCGAUUUUCUUGACGAUGAAGAAGAUCAAGGCAUUUAUGCUGGUCAUGUUAAAGACAUGAUCGGGGAAAAAAGUCACCGGCUAAUUGUGAAUAUUAACGAUUUAAAACGCAAAAAUCCACAGCGAGCGCUUGGGUUGUUAACAAAUGCUUCAGAUGAACUUUUAGCUUUUGGCAGAGCACUUAAGGAGUAUGUAUCUACUGUGGAUCCGACUUACGCCAAGGGAUAUGAAGAUUUUUUUGUGGGAUUUGAAGGUUGUUUUGGCAAUCGUCAUGUAACACCUCGUUCGCUAACUUCAACGUAUCUUGGCAAUUUAGUUUGCGUUGAAGGUAUUGUAACGAAAGUAUCACUAAUUCGUCCAAAAGUUGUGCGUUCAGUGCAUUAUUGUCCGGUAACGCGUAAGGUCGUUGAGCGAAAGUAUACGGAUUUAACUUCGUUUGAAGCCGUACCUUCUAGCGCGGUUUACCCGACGAAAGAUGAGGAUGGCAACUUGCUGGAAACCGAGUUCGGCCUGUCAGUUUACAAAGAUCAUCAAUCUUUGACUAUUCAAGAGAUGCCAGAGAAAGCACCGGCCGGUCAAUUGCCACGAUCGGUGGAUAUAAUUUGUGAUGACGACUUAGUGGAUCGCUGUAAACCCGGAGAUCGAGUGCAAAUCGUAGGAAAUCAUCGUUGCUUGCCUGGUAAACACGGGGGUUACGCUUCCGGAAUUUUCCGUACAGUGUUGAUAGCUAACAAUAUAUCGUUGCUGAGCAAAGAUAGCAAUUUGGAUAUUAGUCGUGAAGACAUAGUUCUUUGUAAAAAAUUUGCAAAGAACGCUGAUAUAUUUGAAUUACUUUCUAAAAGUUUGGCCCCUUCUAUUCACGGAAAUGCCCACGUGAAACGCGCGAUUCUGUGUCUGUUAUUGGGUGGGGUGGAAAAAAUUUUGUCUAACGGUACUCGCUUGCGUGGUGAUAUUAAUGUUCUUCUUGUUGGGGAUCCAAGCGUGGCCAAAUCACAAAUGUUACGCUAUGUUUUGAAUACGGCUCCUCGUGCCAUACCAACAACUGGUCGUGGUUCUAGUGGAGUUGGUCUGACUGCUGCUGUUACAACCGAUCAGGAGACCGGGGAAAGGCGUUUAGAAGCAGGUGCUAUGGUUUUGGCUGAUCGGGGUGUCGUCUGUAUUGAUGAAUUUGAUAAAAUGAGCGACAUCGAUCGCACUGCAAUACAUGAAGUUAUGGAACAAGGCCGAGUGACUAUAUCCAAAGCAGGUAUACAUGCUUCUCUUAACGCUCGCUGUUCGGUUUUGGCAGCUGCAAAUCCUGUUUACGGCCGUUACGAUCCAUAUAAGACACCCAUGGAAAAUAUAGGUUUGCAAGAUUCAUUACUUUCGCGUUUUGAUCUGUUAUUUGUUAUGCGCGACGUAAUUGAUAAUGAUAUUGAUCAGCUAAUUUCUGACCAUGUGGUCAGAAUGCAUCGAUAUCGGAAUCCAAAAGAGGCCGAUGGUGAGCCUCUAUCCAUGGGAAGUUCGUAUGCCGACUCGCUAUCAUUUGCAUCAAGCACCGACACUAAAAAAGAUACCGAAAUUUAUGAAAAAUAUGAUUCAUUACUUCACGGUAAAUCUCGGAAGCGACAUGAGAAAAUUUUAUCUGUAGAAUUUAUGAGAAAGUAUAUACACAUUGCCAAGUGCAUGAAACCCAAGCUGAGUGAACAAGCUUGCGAAGUUAUAUCGAAUGAAUAUUCGCGCCUACGAUCGCAAGAGGAGGAGCAACCCCAUGUAGCACGGACUCAACCUAUUACAGCUCGUACUUUAGAGACGUUAAUUCGUUUAGCAACGGCCCAUGCUAGAGCCCGUAUGUCUAAAACAGUAACAGCUGAUGACGCCCAAGCCGCCAUUGAACUUGUACAAUUUGCAUAUUUUAAGAAAGUUUUAGAAAAAGAGAAGGCAAGCAAGAGACGUCGUGCUAGUAACGCGAACUCUUCGGACGAAGAGGGUGAAGAAGGCGGUGAUAGGCGGAGAACAUCGCCGGUUCAGCGCAGCAAACGGACACGUAUAGGUCGCACUCAAGAUUCUACUUCCCUUGUCGAUGAUGGUAGCGAUCAUGAUAUAGAGACUCCACAGCCAGACGCUGGGGAUUUAACACGGCGUGAUACUAGACAGGUUUCCACGGCACGCAAAUCGCCAACAAGUUCAUCUGAUAUCCAAACCGAAACGGCGUCAACGGAAAUGUCAACAAUGCCAGUUUCAGUGUCUAUUACGGAGGAUCGUUUAGGUCGUUUUAAAAAUAGCCUGCAACGACUUUUCCGCGAGGCGCGCGAGCAAAGUCUUAACUUACAACGCAUUACAGCUGCUGUUAACGACAACAAUCCAGAACCAUUUACAAAAGAAGAAAUUGAAGCCGCCAUUCAUCGCAUGACCGAGGACAACCAAAUCAUGAUGGCCGAUGAAAUUGUGUUUCUUAUUUAAUUCACUUAUCAGUCCUGCAUGUAAGAUCAAUGGAUGCUUUCCACUGAUUCUCUUAUAUCGUUUUAAUGAAAAAAUUUAAUAUAAUUUAUGGAAAGUCAAUAUUUAAACAAAUAUGCGCGAUCAUAAACCAACCUAGUAUUAUGUUUACCCAGACCGAUAAAUAGCAGAGCUUUCUUAUUCAAGAUCAAAAUAAAUGCUUCUAUAACUUUUUAGUGGCGGACGUCUGGUAAAAGGCUUAAAUUAUCCAAUAAGCGAAAUACAACGACCACCAUAUUACACUCCAAAUCAGGAAUUUU